AUGGCUCCGAAUAUAGCCAACGAAACGGUGGCCGAGGCAUCGGCAGAAGGGGAAUUGUCAUCUCACGUUGACGAGCUCAGCUUGAAGACGGCUCAGCGAUCCGGAAAAGCCGCCAUCACCCACGACGGCACGGGCUUGUUCGAGGACGAGUUGACUCGAGAGGCUGCGCUUACGGCCUUGACUGCUGAAGAGGAGAAGCGGCUGCUCCGAAAGGUCGAUUGGCGCCUGAUACCACUGCUUUGCACGCUAUAUCUUGUGAAGAAGCUGGACGAAAAUAACGUUUCCAAUGCACGAAUUAUGAACAAGGGCACGGAUCGUAAUAUCCUGACCCAGCUCGGCAUCACGUCUGACCAGUUUGGCAUGGUCACGGUUCUAUACACUGUGCCAUACAUUGUGGCCGAAAUCCCCUCCAAUCUGCUGUUGAAAAAGUUCAAACCGUCACGUUGGCAAUCUAGAAUCAUGUUCUCAUGGGGCCUCGUCACUGCUUGUACCGCGGCAGUUAGCAAUCUCGGUGGUCUUUACGCUUGUCGCUUUCUCCUUGGUUUGACCGAAGCAGGAAUGUUCCCUGGCAUCAUUCUUCAACUAUCCUACUGGUAUCGGCCUGACGAGAUUGCCGUUCGAUUGAUCUGGAUUUGUAAUGUUGCAGGUAUCAUCGGUGGUCUUUUGGCCUAUGCAUUCCAUGCUGUUUCGGGGGCUGGGGGAUUAUCUGGCUGGCAAUGGCUGUUCGCUAUUGAGGGGGCUGCCACUGUGGCUCUGUCCAUCCUUGUCUACUUUACCCUCCCUGAUUCACAGUUGACAUCUUCACCAGUCCCUGGUAAUACGAAAUGGCUAUCGCCCGUAGAGAAAGCAUUCCUUCAGGCCCGCCUGCCACCAAACGCUCCCCGCUCAUCAGAGAAGAAUUUUGUCUUUAAGGAAGUUCUACACAGUCUCAGUGACAAGAGACUCUGGCUGUUUACUCUCAGUUGGGCUCUAAUGACGAGCGGAAAGAACGGUAUCGAUUUCUACCGACCUACCAUCAUUUCCCACAUGGGUUUCAGCGAUAUUGCUACUGCCCAGGUCUUGAACAUCCCUACGUCUUUCUUAGCAAUUAUCCUGAUCCUCGUCUUGGGUUACGCGUCCAACACAGCAAUGAUCCCAAUUCCAAUCUACCCUAUUGGAUGCACAAUCGUCAUCAUUGCCAUGUACUCAAUCCUCGUGGUAUAUCCCAACGACAUCGGCGUAUAUAUUGGAAUGAUGAUUGGAAUUGCCUGUGGUACCGCUUGGUUUCCUCUUAUGUGGCCGUGGCGCGCUCAAACCGUCAACGGAGCCACCGGUUCGGCGUUUGCGAUUGGAUUUGUCAACAGUUACGGCCAGGUUGGUGAUGCUAUUGGGCCGCAGAUGUUCCAGGAAAAGUACGAGCCCCGAUAUCAAUUGCCAUUCGGUCUCUCAAUGGCCCUCAUUGCUCUAUGUGGCAUUGUCAACGGAGUGACAUGGUGGGUUACUCGGCGGACGGAGAGUGACACACGGAAGCAUAAGCUGGCUCGGCGGAAGGCAAGGGAAAAUAACGAGGCGGUCCUUGACGAUGUUUUAGACCGGGACUUUCAGCCCACAUCGCGUGGCGUUUGA